AUGACCACCACCACGAACAACGACCAAAGCAGCCUUGAUGCUGUAUUGCAAUUACUAUCUUCAUUGACGCUAUCGAAUGAUGAGGCGCAAACUCUCAUCCAAGUGAUUUCUGAUGGUAGUGGAGGCCCUCCUGUCAUGUCGUCUGCAACUCCUACGGCGGCCGUCAUCACCCCAGUGGUUGCUACCCUUUCUGCUACAUUGGCUGUUCCUGCAGUAACCGUCGUCAGUCCCCCUUCUGCAGUAGCCGUUAUCAGUCCCCCUCCUGCGGUAGCCGUCAUCAGCCCCCCUUCUGCAGUAGCUGUCACCAGCCCUCCUGCAGUAGCUGUCGUCAGCCCUCCUGCAGUAGCCGUCGAGACUCAGGCCGCUGCAUUCGUGCAGUUUGUCGGUUUCCCGCAUCUUCCAAUGACAGCCGUCAUCGUCAAUGGCGAGACAAGGGGCCAGCAGCAAUAUCAUGAUUUCAGCUUCGAUGUUCCGCGUGCUGGGGCCCUUGGUCCUUUCUACCUUGUCACCCGCGGCCGCCGGGUAGGUGUCUUUGAGACAUGGCAGCGCACAUCCCCGCAUGUCCUCGGUGUUAGCUGUUCAUCAUUCAGCCGCUGCAAGUCCCUUGAUGACAGCCUGGUGCGCAUGCUCGAUGCCAUUGAUCUCGGAGAAGCGCAGUGGCUGCCUUAA